AUGAAGAAAAUAUCAAAAUUUGAAACGAAGACGAGAUCCUUGAUCGAGAUUAGAGGGAGGCAGGUGAGGCUCUUCUGGGGCGGUGUAAGUGCAAGCUCUGCCCCAGAGGGCUCUCAGGGCUUUCCUUCUGUCGCCCUGGGCUUUGCUGCCAACAAAUCCGGGUGGUGUCUCCCUCCCUCGGAGACCCAGCCUGCCUGCGGGGCGUCCCCGCGCUGGGCUCGAGCCUGGGCAGGAGGAUGGAGCCCAGGGAGACAGAGCGUGGUCCCCGGGGCGGGGAAAAGGCACUGCCGAGCCGUUAACCGGCCCGCGCAGCGUGGGCACCCUCCGCGUCUUUCCAUGUCUCCGAAGAGGAAAUUGAGUUGCCUGUGGACCUUAGGUCUGUAUCUGGUAACCACUGAAUCUCUCAAAGUCCCAUCUAUCACAGACCCUCACUUUAUAGACGAGUGCGUCAAAACCCACAACGAAUGGCGCGGCAAAGUCAGCCCCCCUGCGGCCGACAUGAAAUUCAUGAUUUGGGAAGAAGGCUUGGCAAAGAUAGCCAAAGGAUGGGCAGACACAUGCCAAUUUAAACAUAACACCUGUUUACAAAUGCCAUUUGAUUGCAGUGAAGAUUAUCAAUUUAUUGGAGAAAAUAUCUGGUUAGGUCUAUUAAAAAUAUUUUCACCAAGGGAUGCUAUUGUUGCUUGGUAUAAUGAAACAGAGUUUUAUGAUUAUGAUACUCUAUCAUGUUCUAAAGUUUGUGGCCAUUACACACAGGUAGUUUGGGCCAGUUCAUAUAAAGUUGGUUGUGCAAUUAAAAUUUGCCCUAACCUUGGAGAAGCUUCUACUUCAAUAUUUAUCUGUAACUAUGAACCUGCAGGAAAUUAUCCAAAUAUGCCCCCCUACCAAAAAGGAGCAUCCUGUUCUUUGUGUGACAAAAAAGAGAAAUGUGUAAAGCACCUCUGCCAAAUGCAAGAAACUGUUCCACCUGAAACUACACCUACCACUACUACCAGGAAGACAAAGAUGAGCACAAAGAUGACGACGACGACGACGACAACAACGACGACAACUACCACCACUACCACUACCACCACCACCACCACCACCACUCCCCGUACUACUAAAAAGAAAAUUACACUUAUCUAUUAUCCACAUGGAAAGCCAACAGUGGCCAGAGCACCUCAUGUGAUUGCAUGUAAUCUACUGAGCCUCAGCUUUCUUCUCCAGAGAAUCUUUUAAUAAGACAAUAAAGGAACAAUUUAUGACUAAA